UAUUUUGGAGCCAUGACAACGACUGUUCUGCCUGUCAAAGGCAUGACAUGCAAGUCUUGCGUGCAUGCCAUUACGAUAACACUUUCUGGAAUGCCUGGGCUAAUCUCUCUUGACGUCAGUCUAGAGCAAGAACAGGCAACAAUCGUCCAUCGUCUAUCACUCCCACAACAAAACCUCAUCGACGCGAUUGAAGACUGCGGAUUCGACGUACCAAUGCCAAUCACUACACGACUACCGGUCGAAGGCAUGACAUGCCAGUCAUGCGUGCGUGCAAUUCACAAUGCGCUUGACCCAUUACCUGGCCUAGUAUCUCUUGAUGUCAGUCUCGACCCUGGUCAAAUAACCGCCGCUCACGAUUUACGCCUAAAUAUAUCAACCUUGAUGGAAGCUAUCGAAGACUGUGGGUUUGACUUACCCACCCAUGCCUCACCACUUCCUCUCUCACCCGCAACCCCCACAGACACAGACAAUUGUUCUUUGGAACAAGAACCUCUGUUAGCCCAAAACUUUAUCGAGCCUGCCAAGAUCAAUAUUACAUCUACAUGCACAGGCACAGACGUAGAUGCAGACAUAGCCACAUCCACAUCCACAUCUACAGCCACCGUGCAGCUCGAGGUGCAUGGAAUGACAUGUGCCAGCUGCGUCCAUGCAAUUGAGAAAUCUGUAGGUCAACAACCAGGAGUCGUAUCCGUCACAGUGGCCCUAUUGGCCGAACGUGCGACAGUCGAGUACGAUGCAGAAUUGUGUGGGCCGGCCGAUAUUGUCAAGUGGGUUCAAGAUGCCGGAUUCGACUGUCAGAUCGUCCAGGUGCUUGCAUCUGACGAAAUCCAGCUUCAGGUGUUUGGAAUGACAUGCGCCAGCUGUGUACAUGCAAUCGAACAAGGCCUUUCCAAAGUCCCUGGUAUUCUGUCGGCCUCGGUAAAUCUUAUGACCGAGACAGCAAAGGUGCGCUAUGACCCAGCCGAGAUUGGCAUUCGGACGAUCGUGGAAGCAAUCGAAGGUCUUGGAUUCAACGCUCUUGUCGCCGAUACCACCAAGAAUGCUCAGCUCGAAUCGCUCUCAAAGGUCCGCGACAUCAUGGCCUGGAGAAGAGCCUUUUUUCAGAGUCUUGUGUUUGCAUUUCCGGUCUUUAUCCUGGGCAUGGUGAUGCCACAGUUUGAGUGGGGUCAAAAGGCAGCACACUUUACUAUCAUAAAGGGGUUGUACUGUACAGACGUUAUCCAGAUGAUCCUGACGAUCCCCGUCCAGUUUGUGAUCGGAGGGCGUUUUCUGGUAUCUGCCUACCGUUCAAUGUGUCAUCUUGCGCCCACAAUGGAUCUCCUGGUUUCAAUUUCUACCCUGGCCGCAUUCGUCUUUUCGGUCGUCUCGAUGAUCAGAGCAUUUGUCACCGGAGCAGAACAACCACCAACCGUGUUCUUUGAGACCUCGUCUAUGCUGAUUACCUUUAUUGUCCUCGGCCGUUACCUCGAGAACCUGGCCAAAGGCCAAUCCUCCACGGCUCUGUCCAAACUCAUGUCUCUCACACCCUCCACGGCCCUUUUGCUGACAUUCGAUCCCAGCACACAGACCAUCGUUUCCGAAAAGCGCAUCCCAUCCGAGCUCAUCCAGAAAAAUGACCUCGUCAAGAUCGUACCCGGCGACAAAAUCCCCACAGACGGAACUGUUUACUCGGGGUCUUCUACGGUAGACGAAAGCAUGGUUACUGGUGAAGUCGAUGCGGUCAACAAGUCAACCGGCGACGCCGUCAUUGGCGGCACGGUCAAUGGAUUGGGAACCUUUAUCUUGCAGGCCACACGUGUAGGAUCCGAUACUGCACUCAGUCAGAUCGUCAAGCUAGUCGAGGAAGCCCAGGUCAACAAGGCGCCCAUCCAAGGCUUUACGGAUCUCAUAGCCGGAUACUUUGUCCCGACUGUCAUCUUCCUGGGCGUCAGUACUCUUGUCCUGUGGUCUGUGCUGGUGAAUGUCUUGGGUGUCGAGCACAUGCCAAAGAUGUUGCAGAUGGCGAUUGAGCAAGAAGCCAACAACGACUGGUUCUUUGUUUGCCUCAAGCUCUGCAUCAGUGUUAUUAUUGUGGCGUGCCCCUGUGCGCUCGGUUUGGCCACCCCCACGGCAGUUAUGGUAGGCACAGGCCUUGGUGCUGAGCAUGGCGUGCUGUUCAAAGGUGGCGCUGUUCUUGAGAAUGGCCAGAAAGUCAACCGGGUUGUGUUUGACAAGACGGGUACUCUGACGAUUGGUAAACUAGAUGUCGUAGCAACCGUCUCUUGGGAUCCUAGUGUGGACGGCAAGGACGUGUUGGUCUUGGCUGGCCUAGCAGAGUCCAGCAGUGAGCACCCCCUUGGCCGUGCUGUAGUCAACCACACCAAGGCUAUUCUGGGAGUUUCUGUACUUGAACCGAUUGGAAAGGUUACCGAUUUUAGAAGCACUACUGGCUAUGGUAUCGAAUGCAACAUCGAACUUGUCAACAAAACUCGCCCGACUCAGCAGCAUGUUGUGAUUGGCAAUCAGGCUUGGCUGGAGGAGUAUCACGGUAUCUUGCUCGACGAGGCUCAGUUGGCGCAAUUUAAGGUCGAGGUUGGCAAAGGAAACACAUGUAUCCUGAUCGGCGCGGACGGUCUGGCCCUGGGUUUCAUUUCUCUUUCGGAUGUGAUCAAGCCUGAAGCCCGUGCGGUUAUUGCCACUCUCCACAGCAUGUCUAUUGAGACCGCGAUGAUUACGGGUGACAAUGAACUGACGGCUCGGUACAUUGCCAAACAGCUGGGAAUCGAUGAGAUUUAUGCGGGCGUGUCUCCGAAUGGCAAGACCCAGAUUGUCCAGCGCAUGCAAUCUCAGCCAGGACCUGUGUCUGGCCGGUUUUGUUGGCAAUCACGCCCUCCGACCAGUGUUGUGGCCAUGGUUGGGGACGGCAUUAACGAUUCACCGGCUCUUGUUCAGUCAGACUUUGGUAUUGCGCUGUGCAGUGGAACGGAUAUUGCAAUGGAGGCUGCAGAUGUGGUUCUGAUGCGCAAUGAUCUCUCGGAUGUCGUUGCUGCUCUUGAUCUGUCGCGCACAAUCUUCCGUCGUAUCAAGAUCAACCUUGCCUGGGCGUGUAUCUACAAUGUGAUCGGUAUCCCGCUUGCGAUGGGUGUGCUUAUGCCCUGGGGGUAUUAUCUGCAUCCCAUGAUGGCGGGUCUAGCCAUGGCAGCCAGUUCUACCAGCGUUGUCGUCAGUAGUUUGAUGCUCAAAUGGUUCUGGCGCAAACCAACUCUUGUUAACACAUCUCAUCCGUCUCAGUCUGGGCCAGGCUUCUUACGUCGAUUCAACCGAUUCUUUGGUUUAAGACGCGCCGAAUAUGAUGCAGUACCUCCAAGUUAUGAUCUUGAGAGCAUUCCUUCCCCUAUCUAAACAAACAAACAAACAAAAAAUCAGAGACUUCCUCUCCUGCACUUCCUUUGUCUCACAUUCACAUUCACACUCUCACUUACACGUACACCAUCUUAAAAAAAAUAUUUCAUCUCUUUAUUGUUUUUCUUUGUUUAUUAUGUAAAAUCAGCCUCAUAACUCUGUCUUUAUCUCUCUUACUUAUAUCUAUAUUUCCACUUUCAAUUUUCUCUGUAAACCCUCCCCCUCCGUCUGUUAUACUUCAUUGUUCUUUAUUACUUUCAUCUUAUUAAUCUUAUAAUUUACCAAACCAUCUAAUAAAAUACAUCUAAACG